GUGACACAUAUGUUUACCUCCGGGUUCGUGUGAUUUCAACCUCCGCAGCUGCGCAGUAGGAGUCAGCUGACAGUUGUGACCAACCAGCGGGUGUAACAUCUCAACUGAGCAGAACCUGAGCGGAGAAAAAAGAAGCCUGUCGUCUGUUUUCACUCUAUCUGCCGCGGAGAACCGGACAGCCGUUACCUCCCCCGACACCUGGCAACGUCUCCCCGCCUCCCGCAGCAUGAGUGUCGGCGCUCCGAGAGGCCUGGCCAGCUCGGGGCAGAAGCCCAUCGCGGAGAUCCUCCACCCGCUGUCCGCCGCCGACGAGCCGCUCUCCCCGGGGCCAGAUGUCACCGUCACCGUCGGAGUGGACAAGGAAGCGGGGCUGACCAACGGCACGCCGGUCGAGACGUCGAGUCCCGCCUCCGCGUCCUCGCUGUUCAACAGGCUGCAGCUGGACGACGACCUGGAAGCAGACGCCCGGGACCCCUACGCCUCCAUGGAGACCCGCGACCUUUUUGUCACAGUCGACGACCCAAAGAAGCACGUAUCCACCAUGGAGACCUAUAUCACCUACAGAGUCUCCACCAAGACGACGCGGAUAGAGUUUGACCUGCCGGAGUACUGUGUGAGGCGACGCUACCAGGACUUUGACUGGCUGAGGAUCAAGUUGGAGGACAGCCAGCCGACCCACCUCAUCCCCCCGUUGCCAGAGAAGUUCGUGAUGAAGGGCGUGGUGGAUCGUUUUUCGGAGGAGUUCGUGGAAACGCGGAUGAAAGCUCUGGACAAGUUCCUGAAGCGAGUCGCUGACCACCCCGUCCUCUCCUUCAACCCGCAUCUAAACGCUUUCUUGUCUGCCAAGGACCUGAACAAGCGUCAGGGUCUGGCCCUGCUGACCAAGGUGGGCGAGUCGGUGAAGCACGUGGCCGGAGGCUACAAGCUGCGAGCACGGCCGGCCGAGUUCUGCGCCAUGGGAGAGUACCUGGACACCUUCUCCCAGAAACUGGGAACCAUCGACCGCAUCGCUCAGAGGAUCCUUAAAGAGCAGUCAGAGUACCUAACAGAGCUACGCGAGUACGGUACCGUGUAUUCCAGCUGGGCGGGGUCGGAGGAGGAGCUGCAGCGCCCCCUUGAGGGCGUGGCCGACAGCGUGUCGACGUGCUGCAGAGCACUGGUUGACCAGAGUGAGAACAUGAGCCAGGAUUUCCUGCCCGUACUCAGAGAGUAUAUCCUCUACAUAGAGUCCAUGAAGAACGUUUUGAGGAAGCGAGACCAGAGCCAGGCGGAGUACGAGGGGCGACUGGAAGCAGCCAUAUUGCGCAGACAGGAGGACAGAACGCCUAUGCCAGUGGAGGUAGAGAAAUGCCAGGACAAAGUGGAGUGUUUCAACGCUGACCUGAAGGCGGACUGGGAGCGCUGGCAGAGCAACAAGAGACAAGACUUCAAGCAGCUUCUCACCGGCAUGGCCGACAAAAACAUCAACCACUAUGAAAAGUGCCAGGCAGCGUGGGAGUCGCUCAUAACUCUCCUCCAAGACAAACAGACUGAGGACAAAACGAGUGAGACGAACUGAAACAUCUCAUCUCUUCAGUAUCUCUCUGUAUCACACACACACACUCUCUCAUGCCAAGGAAAAGGACCAACCGGGCGGCAGAUUUUAACUGCUGGACUUUGCCCCCUGUGCUCCCAUGAGAUGAUUGUACGGAAGGGAGUCGUCUCUCUGCAAAGGAGGUAACGAAUGGGGCGUUCAAGGACAGCAGGGAAAGAGGAGAGACCUACUAUGUACAGACAUUUUCCUUUGUUUUAUGUCAUUCUUAUUGACUUUUUCUACUUCAUAUUUCCAGUUAACAGUCGUUUGCCAACGCUACUUAUUUAACAGUCUCCAAGAGGCGUGUUUUCAGUCUUUUCUCUCCAUUUUCACAUUGAGCUGAAUGUGAAGCUUAAUUCUUCAACGCUGCAGAAAAGUUUUGGUUUUUUUUGGAAGGAUAUUUUGCGUGGGCAUGAAGUAUAAAGUAUUCAGAGCAUCCUCCUGUCAGGCUGUAAAAGCCGCUGAAAAUGUAACACUAAAACUCUCCAAAGACACAAGACACAUGUUAAAAAAUAUUUUUCAAUAUCUUAAUUUAAAGGGCACACAGGUUAUUCUUUCAUGUUUCAGCCCAUUAACUCUGUUAUACUCACCAUUACUGCCGACCCUCAGACUUAACGGUUUUCCUUGCUUCCAUUUAUCUCAGUCCACUAUGAAAAUCAACUUGCAGAAACUUGAAAUUGUGGCAUCAAAGCUUCACGACAUGGCCUUGUGUUCGACCAGAAGGGUCGGAAAAAAAUGUAGGAAGUGUAGCGACAGAUGUCAAAAUCAGACAUCUGUAGAACUCUCUGUCAGCUCUUCAAAGGGAAACUUUAGGAUUUCUUUUAUGUGUUUUUGGUUCACACCCUUACAGAUAAAUAGACAGGAAGAAAAGCUGCGUUUAACAAUGACGACACAGGUGUUUGUGUCUGAGUUGAAUGCCGAGCUUGAUCAGCAAAGUGAUAUCAUUUUUUGUUUUUACUCUAUGAAGCUGAGCUCAGAUACAACCUGCAGAUUUGGUUAUACGUUUGUGUUCUGGAGUUGUACAGUGCAGCAGCGCCACCCGGUGGUCAACCUGCUGAUAGUUUUCAUCCUUUUGAAAAUGGUAGCUAAACGUUGUGCUACCUCUCUGUUGAUGUAUAUAUGUUGUUUUCUUUUGUUUUCUUUAACGUGGCCAUUUUUACCUGCAGUAAUGAUUUCACCUCUCACCUUGAUGCACAGGCUUUAAGUCAGUUGAGGAUGCUAAAUGGCACACUGGGCAGAUUCACAUGAUGAGAUAAUGAAAAACACUGAGAGGGAAUUAAAGGUGAAGAAUCCAUUGCUACACUGAAAUGAAUUCUCUGUAGACAAAUGAAAACAAGCAGGUGUUUCUGAUGAACAUUUUACAAUCAAAUGUUAUUUUCUUUCAGUAAUUCACCUUAGUCACACAUUUAUAGAAAAUUCCUGAAAGAUAUGACCUGAAAUAACCUUUUUAAAAAAGUUGUUUUUCUUUGGCAUAGUGCAGUUGUCAGGUGAACAUCUGUCUGAGUUGGAAUCAGGGAAUUUCUCAUAGAUGCUGGCACACAGAGGACCAAAGAGCAGUGAGGCUUCUGGGAAAUCUCUGUAAACACCUGAGGGACUGGAUAACUGAAGAUUUUCACAACACUAGUUUUGUGAAUGCUCCUCGGGUCAAAGACAGACUUUGCAAAAACUACAUUUUGGAAAAACUCUUUGUUUUCUUAAAAUAGGGAAAAACUUGGCAGCAAUUUGAGACGUUUAAGUGAAAUUUUUCAAAACCAAGUGGUGUGAUUCACCCUAGUUUGAAAGCUUUUGUGUUUUGUUUUAAGAAAACAAUUUAUUUCUCUUAGUUUGAGACUAAAUGACUGAGUAAUGUGGAAAUUGUUUGCAGUUUGCUUCUGUUGAAGCUUCUGACGGAGCAGGCUGACGACCUUGUCUGCUCAGCUGUAUUUGCACUGCAGCGUGUAUGACCAACAGUUUUUUUUGCGUCACACUAGUUUCCUCUUUUUAUUUCAGUCAAACUGUUGCUGAUAUGGCCUUGCUUUAAAGGAAAAAUCCACUCUCAGAUAUUCUGUAAUGUUUAAUUUUUGCUGCACCCACUUUAUUUAAAUGAUAUCUGACUUUUCUCAAAAUGAAGAGCAUGGUACUGUACCGGUAGUGACACUUAUACCAAGAGGAAUAGAAUAAAUGUUUCCUGUUUUUUUUCUUCUGUGUCUCCUCUUUGAUGAAUUUCUAGUAACGGUGCAAAAUGGAAGUUCUAGAAGAAAAGCCAAUACAACAAUAAACGAGUUUACAGUUGUUUCAGAUUGCUGGAAUAUUUUCUGCAACCAAAUGUCAUUUUAAUAAUAACAGAUUAACAGCAAAACUGUAUAGAGGAAAAAGGGACGACUAUUUCAUGUAUUGUAGUUAUGCUGCUGCACUGAAGGGUGGAUUUUUCUUUUAAUGAUGAGUAACUUUGGUUAAACAGUGACAUCUAGUGGCUAUCAAGGGUUACUGCUUCAUGAGCAUUUCCCAAUGUCUAAAUCACAGAAUUAUUUUCAAGAAAUGGUUUAAAUGACACUGGACACACUUUAAAUCAGCUUAUGCAAAUUAGUUGCAGUUUGCUGAGGGUUAAAGAUCCCUACUGAGUCAUUUGAAUUUCCUUUUUUUUUCUUCAUACUCAGCUGUACUGCUGGAUGCUGACAUGCAAAAACGUGACAAAUGAUGACUGGGGCAGAGUCAGGAAAUAAUAACAAAGACACUGAUUUUGUUCAUUUGUGUUGUGGCCUAAUAAACAGGGAGAAACAUUUA